AUGUCGGCAGGAUCAAAAGAAGGAGAAAAAACAGAAGGAAGAAUAAUUGCGAGACUGUCAGAAAGACAAGGUAGUCGAAAUCUACAACCAAAAUCAAGUCUAUUGGCAAUGCUAACAAGAAAAGAAUAUGAUGUUAUAUUUCAUGGCAAUAAAAAGUCCUGUAACAAAAGCGAAGUUAUACAAGUAGCAACAACAAUUCAUACCGUUAAUGAUGCUCAACAUGAUGAACGAUUUUCAAAAACUCAACAUCUUUCACAAGAAAUCAAUGUCCGUAUAUUAGAUGAUGAAAGAAUCAAAGGUCGAAAUACAUCAACUGCAUUCGAUCAACAUGUUUCAUUUCCUAUUGGUAGAACUUUUAAUGAAAUUAGUAUGAAAGUAUUGAAAGCGAAAAAUGGAACCGAAAAAGAAGAUGAAAAUAAAAUAAAAAAUAAAAGCAUAUGUUUCCUAUACAAAAAUAAAAUUAUCAAUGAUCAUGCUAAGCACGUUGAAGAUGUUAUGUCUGAACUAACAAAUGAACGUAAUAAAGAAACAUUUCUCUACAUGUUAUUAAUACCGAUAAGAGAAAAACCAUCAGAAAUGCCACCACUUGAACAAGUGCUAUAUGAAUUACCACACGAACGUCAUAAGUUAUGUAAUCAUGUAUCGAUUACAGAUUCGGUGAUAAGGACAGCUGACAAAAAUGAAGGAUUUUCCAAACCAAUAUCACCAAAAAAAUAUCAUUAUAAUGGACAGAAUCCUGGAAAUGCUUUUCCAUUAUUUGUUUAUUAUCAAGAUGUGAUUAUUGAACUUAAAGAUAUUCAAGUUGGCGAUCAUGUGCAAUUAUUAAGAAAUAAGUCAUUGAAACAGUUAAAAAUGGAAGAAAGCGAACAAGAUAAAUAUGAUUUAUAUUACCAUGGCUAUCUUUUAGAAUUAAACAAACAGUUAAGCGAAUAUCGAGAUUCAUUAUUCAAUACAGAUACAAUAAUAAUAAUUGACCUUAUUGAAAGAUGUAGGGAAGAAAAAUCAGUACAAGUUGAAUCUUUAUCGACAUUUAAGAAAUCGAAUUCUGAUCGAAUGGAAUAUAAUUUCUCAUAUGAUUAUCAAGCACUCUUAUUAUUCGUUAGAUUAUCGCUACAAUCAAUUAUAUUUAGCGACGAAUAUGAAGACAGAUUUGAACGUUACUAUGCAUAUUGUGAUAGAGAUAAAUCGGGCCAUUUGGAUCUUAAUGAAAUGUAUAUUGGAUUAUUAACAGUACUAAAAUUGGUUGAUGACGUUGCGGAAUCUCAUCGGUAUUUAAUACCAAUUGAUAAUGAACAUGAUGGAAAAUUGGAUAAAGUCGAUUUCAAGUGUUUGUUAGUUGAUAUGCUAACUGAAUACUUCACACAUAAUAAAUUAAAUUAUUUUCAAAAGAAUGACGAGAAAGUAAACAUGUCGGAGGCCUAUACAAAUGCUAUUCAUCCUUUUCUUAACAAAGUUAAUAAUACAGUAAAAGAUAAAAUGGAUGUUCCAACACGUGAAGAUAUUGAAGCAAUACCGUAUUAUGUUAUAAAACAAAAAAUAUUUGAUAUUAAAAGAGAUAAAAAACUUGUUCAAAAGAAACAUAAUGAAGCUGAACUUGAUUUAUUAACGAAAAAUGCAUACGUGAUGAAAGCUUCCGGUAACACAGAUAAACAAGGAAGGUUGAUAAAUCGAGCAUAUCAUCACUAUAUAGAGUCAAAAGGAACUAAUCGUGAAGUUGUACUGGCAGUGAUUUCUCUUUGUCUUUAUAUCUUUGUUAUUUUUAUUCAUCCGUGCAUCCCGUAUAUAUCACGCAAACAUUUUACAAAAGACUAUCCACCGUCAACAGGAUCUCGUCCAUGGUUCGUUAAGUCCAUUGAAUUUUCGUAUAUUUAUAUUGGUGGAAUAUCUUAUAGUAUUUUUCUUGGAAUGAUCGUUUAUGCAGUUGUUCAGUAUGGUGAACUAUUCAAUGAAUUAAACAGUAUUAUGUUACGUGUUACAAACGAUGAGCGUUUUGUUGAACUUGGAGCAGCUGAUUACCUAAAUCUGAGACAACCAAAUAAUCUUAAUUUGUUUCUGGCACAAGUUCGUCGAUUAGUAGCAAAAACAAAUAAAAGUGAAUAUCGGACUUGCCUAUCAACAAUUACCUAUGCACUUAUCCUGGAUUUGAUUCUUGGUUUAACAGCUAUCAUUCGUCUGUUAAUAUAUGGCCUUGGUGAAUCCAUUGAUCUUCUGACAAGUUUUUCAUUGAUCGAUAUAUGUAUUUUAACAAUAACGAUCGUUAUAUUUCUUAUUAUUGUUGUAUUUUUUAAUCAUACAACAACUCAUCAUAUUCUACAACUUUUGAAACGAACGAAAAAAGAAGCUGUAUGUGAAUUGUUAUUAAAAAAAGAUAAUACAAUCGAAGACAGAAAUAUUCAAUAUUUGUCUACCGUUAUUGAAUAUUUAGAAGCUGCAAAAGCUAAAUAUUCAGUGAAAUUAUUCGGUUUGAUCGUUGAUCGAGCGCUACUUCUGAAAAUCGUUACAGUGCUGCUUACAGGUGGUGGUUCAGGCCUUUUCUCAUUAUUACAAAAAGACAAAAAAUAA